CAUCACCACCACUCGAGCCAACAGAAGAGGAAAGAGAGAAAAAAUGGCUUCCUCCUCUUGGCCUUGCUUCCUUCUCCUCCUUUGUGUGGUCACUACCCUCACCAUCAAUGUCCGUGCUGACCAAAUGGCCAUCUAUUGGGGAUCGCACAUGGAAAACCUGAAUAAUGCUGAUCUCAGGGCCACAUGCGAAACCAAACACUUCAGCCACGUGAGCUUGGCCUUCCUCACCAACUUCGGCAACGGCCGAACGCCGAGGCCCGACUUCGGUACCGUCUGCGACGUUGAGACCGAUGGCUGUAAGAGCCUUCAGGAGGAUAUCAACGCCUGCCAACAACUCGGUGUGAAAGUGCUGCUUUCUAUUGGAGGGCUGGACGAGAACAAGUACACGCUGGCGUCGGCGCAGGAGGCCAACCAGCUGGCCGCCCACAUCUUCGACGUCUACAUGAGCGGCAAUGGCAUCGACGGUCCCCUCGGCAGGGUAAAGCUAGAUGGCGUCGACUUCUACGUCAACGACGCCUCGACAAGCGCCUAUUGGGACGUGCUUGCACAGGACCUAAAGCAGCUGGACGAGAACAUGAUCCUGACAGCAUCCCAGGGGUGCAGUCACUCCGCCGGCCAAGCAGACAUACCGCUCUACAACGCGCUGAAGACGGGGCUGUUCAGCAAGGUGUGGCCGCGCUUCUAUGACCAAACCUGCUCUUACAAUCGAAGGGACACCGCAGCCUUUGAGGCGUCUGUGCAGAGCUGGGCCACGGAGUUCAGCGACAUGGACUUCUACUUGGGGAUCCUUGCCAACCCUGACCACAAGGAGAAAGGCUUUAUCUCGCCUAGGGAGCUUCCAGGUGCACUGAAGAUCGCGCGUCAGCAUGAGAACUUCCAGGGGGUAAUGCUGUGGAACAGGUACUUGGACGUGAAGUUCCUUGAAGACGGCAACCGUGCACCCUACAGUGACCUCAUAUAUGGCAUCGUCAACCCCAGUAGCAAUAUGAGGACCCGUGCUGGUUUCUAAGGCAGAAAAGCUUUGCUCUGCCUCUGCACUGCUCCUACUGCCUACUAUCUAAAUAAAAUGCGGAAGCUUACAUGCUUCUGAACUUUCUUCUGUUUCAAAGGAAAUUUUGUGCUU